AUGAACACUUUAAUAUCAACUGUUGUCCUGUUAGCUUCAAUCAUUGGCCUUGCCCAUGGCAUAUACAUCGACAAGCAGUGUCAACAACGAUAUUCCCAAAAGAAACAAACCCACGGAGUGUGUGGUAGAAUUGUUAAGCGAGUUGACCCGGACGAUCCCCAAUCGGAUGCAGCGGUUUGGCAUCUCCACCCCCAAUCCACAUGCAAACCUUUCGCGCAAGACCACACCGCGAUACCGUUAUGUUGUGACUACUAUGCGGUGGCAAUAUCCAAUGAAAAGGCCUUUGAAGACGUAGCCGAUGAGUUGUACCUAGAAUGCGUCGACGCAGAAGUGAAACCCAUUGCAACAUCACCUGUGAUGACCAAGAAGCUGUUAGAUAUCUCAACUCAAAGUCUCAUUGCUCAGCAUAUUUGCAACUUCGGUUGGAUAGAUCUCUUCCCCCACCCCAUCACCUCCGCCGUCCUCGUCAUUUGA